UGCCUUCGUUUUUUGCCCGACAGAUGAAAACAUCAGUGUCGGAUGCUAAUGCCGGGCUGAUCCUGCCACAAUCAACAAGAUGUUUGUCGUCCUACUGCCUGUUUCUUAUCAAUACGGAUCAAACUGUUAGCGUUUACUGUAUCUGUAGGUAGACAAAACCCGUUUUGUAUUACGAUACCUCUUUUGUUUUGUGAUUACACAGGCAGCUCUCCUGACAUCAGCCUUGCUGUAGUGACAGACUUGAAUGCAGCUUUAAUUUCUGUGCCCUGUUAAAAUGUCUCUAAAGGAUCUCUAAUUUCCAGCAGAAGAAAAUGAAUGGCUUAUCCAUUAGUGAGUUGUGCGGCCUGUUCUGUUGCCCGCCAUGUCCGAGCCGGAUUGCAGCGAAGCUGGCCUUCCUGCCCCCGGAGCCCACCUACGCUCUUCUGCCAGACCUGGAGUCCACUUCACCUGUGACCUCUAACCUCGGAGCCUCAGGUUUGCGCUCCCGAUUGACUGGAGGAGUAGCUGGAGGAGUAGCUGGAGGAGUAGCUGGAGGAGUAGCUGGAGGAGUAGCUGGAGGAGUAGCUGGAGGAGGAGGAGGAGGAGAAGGAGAAGGAGGAGGAGGAGGUGGUGGAGGUGGUUUUGGUGACAGAAGUGGAGAAGGCCGAUGGAAGCUGCACCUCUCUGAGCGAGCAGAGUUCCAGUACUCCCAGAGAGAGCUGGAUGGAACCGAGGUCUUCCUCACUCCCUCCAGCCGUGGCAACAGAGUGGGAUGCAUGUACAUCCGCUGUGCCCCAUCCGCAAGGUACACUGUGCUCUUUUCUCACGGUAAUGCUGUGGAUCUCGGUCAGAUGAGCAGCUUUUACAUCGGGCUGGGCACUCGUAUCAACUGCAACAUCUUCUCUUAUGAUUAUUCUGGUUAUGGGGUCAGUACAGGGAAACCCUCCGAGAAAAAUCUGUAUGCAGACAUAGAUGCUGCGUGGCACGCUAUGCGCUCAAGGUAUGGCAUCAGCCCUGAGAAUAUAAUCCUUUAUGGGCAGAGCAUUGGUACCGUGCCCACCGUGGACCUGGCGUCCCGUUAUGAGUGUGCUGCUGUGGUCCUUCACUCACCCCUCACCUCAGGGAUGAGGGUGGCAUUCCCUGACACCAAGAAGACGUACUGCUUUGACGCCUUCCCAAAUAUUGAGAAGGUGUCUAAAAUCACAUCUCCGGUGCUCAUCAUCCACGGGACGGAGGAUGAAGUGAUUGAUUUCUCUCAUGGUCUGGCCCUGUUUGAGCGCUGCCCGAAGGCUGUGGAGCCGUUGUGGGUGGAAGGAGCCGGGCACAAUGACAUCGAGCUCUACAGCCAGUAUCUGGAACGCCUGCGCCGAUUCAUCAGCCAGGAAGUGGCUGCACAGUAAAUGCACCCUUCAUUACGCUCAUGUCAACAAAUCGUCGACGUAUAUGGAAAGCAAACAAACAGAAUCUGCUUCUGGAGGGUUCGUUCUUCUGUAAACUUUCAAUGUUUAUGUUUCUAUCAGCCUGGAGCUGAGUUUUCUAAAGAGAAGACCACUAUACUUCACACCCAAAAGAUCUGAAUGUGUGAGCGUCCGCGUCGGUCUCAGGACCUCAGUUCGUCUGAGGCUCUCGCAGCUGAUUUGGCUUGUGAUUUCUGUGACCAGGACAAAUGAAAUGUCUUUUGAACAGGACUGAUGUCUAAUAUCUUUAUGAAGCUGUUGUGGGUGUUUAUGUACUUUCUCUUUUGUUAGUUCUCGAUGGUAAGCAUAAGACCAGUCUGUUUUAAAAUACAGCAUCAUCACCUUUUUUUUAGACAAGCACUCUCUGCUGGACGGAUUGUGUGUGUGUGUGUGUGUGUGUGUUCAAUAUUUUUUAAGACCAUCUGCUGUGUGUGUGAAUGUGGUUUCAUUGAAUCCUUGUUUUCUGAUGAACUGAUCUUCAUCAGGCAUCUCGACAUACACUACCAGUCAAAAGUUUGGACACACCGAGUUUGAUUUUCAUGAGCUUAAAAACCUUUUGAUCUAAAACCUUCUGCUUAAAUGCUUGAUGCAUUGUGCCUAUUUACGAAUUUCUUCACAAAACUAAAAUCUUAAUGAAUCUUCUUUUUUUUUAAUGGACAUGUCAGACCAGUGAAGCAACCAGCAACUGUCCAGUAUACAUCCAAAUGUCUUCAAUAGAGUUUAAAAACUGUCCCAGGAUGCAUCUCAUGAAGUUGAUGAAUGUCCAGAGCUGGAAUCUAGACAAAGAAGGAGCUCAGUUGUAAGAUAUUUUAAUUUUAAUAUUUUAUUUUCU